CUGAUUUUUGCCCGAGUUAAAAAAACAAGAGCCUGAAUCUGCAUAACAACGUUUAUUCAUAUUAUAAUUGGUACCAAGUGGCUAUAUAGGGAUGGAAACGAAUCACUACGCAUUUCUAGAUUUUGAGCCGUCACCAUAUGAUUCCUUAGUAAAACAACACAGAUGGGAAAUAGCGACUCAAAGAAUAGCGACUGUGACCCUAAAGAUGGCGGCUAUUGCUACCACGAGAAGGUGUUGCGGGAGGCCCUGGAACCUGUAACAGAUACACCCACACAGGAAGAAACCAGUGCUGGUAACAAGGUGAUCGAUGGUAAAACAAACAAUAUCACCCAUGGCAAGAACAAAAACGAGAUGCAGGAGAAAACCAAUUUUAGUGACAUGUUGACUGAUGGUGAAGUAAAUAAUAUCUGUACUGACAGACUACAGAUUGCAACAACAAGUCAUUCUGUGCUGAAAGUAAGGAAUUCUAGAAGCAUGGUUUCUGGUGUUGAAACUAAUAAUGUUCAUAGUGAGCUUGAUGAAAGUGAAAAUUUGCAAAUUGAGAGUGAUUCAGCAUUGUUUGGAAAUUCAAGUAGAAAACCAUUAAAACGGAAGAGGAUUGAUACAGAAAUGAAAUUGCGUGCGACUGUUAAAGAUAAAUAUCAAAAAGUAUCAUCUCCAAAGCCAGCACCUGGAGAGCAAUUGAUUGUAAAGUUUUCACUGCAGCAGACGUUCCCGGAGAAACAUACCGGUGAACCGCGAACCUCGUGUGAGGAUUCGUCUGUAGGCUUUACGACUAGUAGAAACGUAUCUGUAAACACAUCUGCACCAAGGGUGUGUAUUGCAACAAAAAUGCCAGUUUGCUUUCAAGAAGGACAAGGAAGGGAUAGAAAUCCUGUUGAUAUCAAACGCUGGAUUAAAGUCCCCAAACAUCUGAUGCGAACAAAUAUUUCAUGUGAGUCAGUCACUAAUACUACCUUGACACAGAUUACAAACUCAACUCGGAUACCAAAAGGAAAAGAAACGUGCGCUGACAAUGUCGCAAGAUGCAAAUACAAUAGUGGACAGGUGAUUGCCCCAAGAAACAUUGAGUCCAUAUUUAAACAAUCAUCAACAAUGAACCUGCAUUCAACUAUUAAACAGACAGUGGGAAGUCUACCAUCACCAAGUGUAAAAUAUACUUUUGGACUUACAACUAAAAGACUUAUUGUAGAAAAUAUACUGUCAUGUCAUCAUGCUAAAAAGCCAAGACACGGAAAUCCACGUACACAUCUGCCAAAAUCUACAAACUCCAGAGGGCAUCGACGUUCACAUCCUAAAAUGCACAUAAAAGGAAAUCUGCCCUCACAUCUUUCUUCCACAACUAAAAUGCCUACAAAAGGGAUUCUCCCCUCACACCAUUCAACAACUAAAAUGCCUACAGAAGGAAAUAUGUCCUCACACCAAUCAACAACUAAAAUGCCUACAGAAGGAAAUCUGCCGUCACAUCAAUCAACAACUACAAUGCCUACAGAAGGAAAUCUGCCAUCACAUCAAUCAACAACUAAAAUGCCCACAAAAGGAAAUCUGCCCUCACAUCUUUCUUCCACAACUAAAAUGCCUACAAAAGGGAUUCUUCCCUCACAGCAUUCAGCAACUAAAAUGUGUACAGAAGGAAGUCUGUCUUCACGUUCAACAACUAAAAUUCCUACGGAAGGAAAUAAGUUUUCACGUUAUUCAACAACUAAAAUCUGUACAAAAGGAAAUCUGUCUUCAAGUUCAACAACUAAAAUCAGUACAAAUGGAAAUAUGCCCUCACAUUCAACAACUGCAAUGCCUACAGAAGGAAAUAUGUCCUCACAUCAAUCAGCAACUAAAAUGCCCACAAAAGGAAAUAUGCCCUCACAUCUUUCUUCCACAACUAAAAUGCCUACAAAAGGGAUUCUCCCCUCACACCAUUCAACCACUAAAAUGUGUACAGAAGGAAAUCUGUCUUCAAGUUCAACAACUAAAAUGCCCACAAAAGUAAAUCUGCCCUCACAUCUUUCUUCCAUAACUAAAAUGCCUACAAAAGGGAUUCUCCCCUCACACCAUUCAACAACUAAAAUGUGUACAGAAGGAAAUCUGUCUUCAAGUUCAACAACUAAAAUGCCCACAGAAGGAAAUCAGUUUUCACGUCAUUCAACCACUAAAAUCAGUACAAAUGGAAAUAUGCCCUCACAUUCAACAACUGCAAUGCCUACAGAAGGAAAUAUGUCCUCACAUCAAUCAGCAACUAAAAUGCCCACAAAAGGAAAUAUGCCCUCACAUCUUUCUUCCACAACUGAAAUGCCUACAAAAGGGAUUCUCCCCUCACACCAUUCAACAACUAAAAUGUGUACAGAAGGAAAUCUGUCUUCAAGUUCAACAACUAAAAUGCCCACAGAAGGAAAUCAGUUUUCACGUCAUUCAACCACUAAAAUCAGUACAAAUGGAAAUAUGCCCUCACAUUCAACAACUGCAAUGCCUACAGAAGGAAAUAUGUCCUCACAUCAAUCAGCAACUAAAAUGCCCACAAAAGGAAAUAUGCCCUCACAUCUUUCUUCCACAACUGAAAUGCCUACAAAAGGGAUUCUCCCCUCACACCAUUCAACAACUAAAAUGUGUACAGAAGGAAAUCUGUCUUCAAGUUCAACCACUAAAAUAAGUACAGAAGGAAAUCAGUUUUCACGCCAUUCAACCACUAAAAUGUGUACAGAAGGAAAUCUGCCCUUACAUCCAACAACUGAAAUCUGUACAAAAGGAAAUAUGCCCUCACAUUCAACAACUGAAAUCUGUACAAAAGGAAAUCUGCCCUCACAUUCAACAACUAAAAUGUGUACAGAAGGAAAUCUGCCCUCACAUCUUUCUUCCACAACUAAAAUGCCUACAAAAGGGAUUCUCCCCUCACACCAUUCAGCAACUAAAAUGCCUACAGAAGGAAAUAUGUCCUCACAUCAAUCAACAACUAAAAUGCCCACAAAUGGAAAUAUUCCCUCACAUCUUUCUUCCACAACUAAAAUGCCUACAAAAGGGAGUCUCCCCUCACACCAUUCAGCAACUAAAAUGCCUACAGAGGGAAAUAUGUCCUCACAUCAAUCAACAACUAAAAUCAGUACAGAAGGAAAUCUACCAUCACAUCAUUCAAUAACUAAAAUCUGUACAGAAGGAAAUCUGCCAUCACAUUCAAUAACUAAAAUCUGUACAGAAGGAAAUCUGCCGUCACAUUCAAUAACUAAAAUCUGUACAGAAGGAAAUCUGCCGUCACAUUCAAUAACUAAAAUCUGUACAGAAGGAAAUCUGCCGUCACAUUCAAUAACUAACAUCUGUACAGAAGGAAAUCUGCUGUCACGUUCAAUAACUAACAUCUGUACAGAAAGAAAUCUUCCCUCACAUUCAACAACUAACAUCUGUACAGAAGGAAAUCUGCCAUCACAUUCAAUAACUAACAUCUAUACAGAAGGAAAUCUGCCCUCACAUUCACAUUCAGCAACUAACAUCUGUACAGAAGGAAAUCUGCCAUCACAUUCAAUAACUAACAUCUGUACAGAAGGAAAUCUACCAUCACAUCAUUCAAUAACUAAAAUCUGUACAGUGGAAAAUCCGCCAUCACAUUCAACAACUAACAUCUGUACAGAAGGAAAUCUACCAUCACAUUCAUCAACUAACAUCUGUACAGAAGGAAAUCUGCCAUCACAUUCAACAACUAACAUCUGUAUAGAAGGAAAUCUACCAUCACAUUCAUCAACUAACAUCUGUACAGAAGGAAAUCUGCCAUCACAUUCAACAACUAAAAUCUGCACAGAAGGAAAUCUGCCAUCACAUUCAACAACUAAAAUCUGCACAGAAGGAAAUCUGCCAUCACAUUCAACAACUAAAAUGCUCACCGAAAGAAAUAAGUUAGGACAUCAUUCAACCAUUAAAAUCUGUACAGACGUAAAUUUGCCCUCACAUCUUGCAAUCAAAACGCCUACAGGACAUCAGUAUUCAGGUCAGCAUGCAGAUAUGAAACCCACCAAAAAUAUGUCUUCACAUUUGGCUACAGAUAAAAUAUCCAGAGAUGGAAAUCUGCAUUUACAUACUUCAACAACCAAAAUAUCCACACAAAGAAAUCUGAUAUCGCAUCAUCCGUCAGUUGAAAAACCAACAGACAGAAAUGUGUCUUCAUCCCAUCCUAAAGAUAACUUCAAAGAAGGAAAUCUUCCUUCAGCUCAGCCUGCAGCUAAACCUGUCACAGAAAAAAACCCACCUUCAUCAAACUUAAAACGCUCAAUUAGUGAUUCAUCCCAGUCCUUUAGUACAGAAUCAACUGGUGGCAGUCAACAUAUCCAAACAAGUAUUGUUUCACAGUCUGGAUCCACGACAGUAAAAGCAGCUAAAGUUGCUGCACAUCAUGAACUAAUGGAUCGCCAUUCUAAAGAGCAGAACAACGCACUUCUAACUUCCCAGAGUCUGUAUUUAUCGAAACUAGCAAAACGGCCACGUGAUUCUGCAACUAUCUCAGUAGAUCGUCGUUUGAGUAAAUCCAAAGAUCAACCCAAUGAAAACACUAAGCCGAUAUCUACAGUAUCAAUGAAGCCUUCAGACCGAUCAGUUAACAAUGAUCAUUGUUUCAAAUCUGGUCUUACUCAAAUGCCAAUAGAUGCAAGACAAGUGAACACGUCGAGGUUAAAGGAGCAACGGUUCAGUCAUAAGGUAGUACGAAACACUGUGCCAUUGUAUGAGGUGAUUCAACUAGAAGGUCCCAAUGUGCGAUGGAAAACUUUGAAGAGAAAAAUGUUCCAUCACAUCAAUUUAGAUUGUCGUAUGCCCAACUGUAAUUUGAAAAAUCAGAACCAUUAUCACUGCUUGGAAUGCAACAAAACCUUGACUACCUUAAUACAGCUUAAACAGCAUGUAGACAUACAUGGCAUUUACUUGAAAAAAACAAACAUGUAAACCACCAAAGACAUAUAACUCAGUUUUUAUAUCCUUUGUUGCGAUGUCUCCGGGUCAUCCAGGUAUUUCAUGGCAUUCGUGUUCUUUUAAUAUAAUUAGUGAGCAUUGUUACAUCCGAUACCGAGAUUUCAGUUACUUGAAAGCUAAGGCAAAAAGCAGCACGUGGAUGGGGUGGGGGAACGUUGACUGUCAUGCUUACUUAUCUUCAAAGACUAUUAAGAAGUUCCAUUGUUGGAAAACUAGUCUGGUAGUGGCAGCCUUAUUUUGAGCGGUGUAGGAAGGAUGUAUUGUCCAGUAAUGGAUUACCUCGGGAGUGGUUGUUUUCCUAUAGACGAGGCACUAGAUAAGAUAUUGUUGGAAGCGACCACUAUUUUGCCAAUUGCCCAUUCGACUCUGCAGUGUGUAGAGAUACGGUCUUGAUCGUUCAGAUUUGAUGUCAAUAUUACCAAUGCGUGUCUGGUGGCAUGGAAACACAGAGUAUCGCCACAGUUAAUGGUCACCUACCCCUCAGCCGAACCUACACAGUGAUUUAGAGUUGAUGUAGCAUUAACACUCAUUGAACAACAGUAAUUUGAAUGCAGGUACUAUAUAUAAAUUUAAAUUAAAACUUGUUUUAAUGCCUUUUAUACAGGUACGAUUUUGUUGCAAUUUAAUAAUUUGGCCAGAAGGGAACUAUUUCCACAAAAGAAUGUUCCUGGUUAUUGCGCAAGAGGACAUGGGGUUGUGAGGUGAAAAGCCUCUAAGGCACAUUAAUCCCGCUGGUACCAUCUGUGGAAAAGCCAAGCUACACGAGGUAUAUUUGGUUAUUUUUCAAACCAUUCUUAUUUUUGACCCACCACCUUCCCUCACUUCACCACCUUUAACCUAUGGCAGUUUAUAUGAUGUAAGUUUGUAAUGUACAUGUACAGUGAUGGUCAUUUAUGCAUUGUUUUUAAACAUGUUAAUCUAUGUAUGAAUGUAACUACACAUGUAUAUGUAUGCAAUAUUGUUUUAACCAUGUUAUAUUAUGUCUGAAUGUAAUAAUAUGUAUAUGCAAUUUAGUUGUGGGUAGGCGUUUGUUCUGAACCCCACAUAAGACCAUUAUUUACGUUUUGUAUACUCUGUGUUACAUAUUUACAUGUCAUGUAACUAACUCUGUCGUUUUGAAUAAACGGCCUUUUC